UGCGCGUGUCAUUCCAGAGGCUCGCGGAUGCCUCCUUCUCACUUGAGGAUACGCGCCUUGUGAAUCUAAGAUGCUGUUGAUGAUGAUGCAGAUGCUGAUGAAGAUGCUGAUGAUUUGGAGCGAGCGCAAGGACACGCGGUGAACAUCUUGCGCUGACAAACACUCUGGAAAUGAAUUAAUGAGCAUCUGCGCAGACGGAAGACAGAAAGAAACAAACGGCAGGCGCGAGGGACCGGAUACCGUCGUGCUGAUGGUGAUGUAAACGGACGCGGCUGGAGAUUUUACUGUAUUUUAAAUAUUUAUUGUUUUUGUUUUGCGUUGGAAAUGGCGUUAGAGAUUAAAGGCCGGUCGCGCGCGAGGAUUGCCGGGUGUAUAACGGCGUUAUAAGACGGAGAAGGAGAGGAAGAGGAGGAGGAGGAGGAGGAGGAGGAGGGGCGAGCAGUUACCGGCUCGCAGAAGGAAAAGCCGAUCGCAUGGAGUCCGGUGAGGUUCAGAUGAUUUUAUUGAUUUUUUUGUUUUUUGGAGAAUCCUCGGACGUGAGUCUGCGCACUUAGAGCGUGCGUUUUUGCGCGCGCGCUCCAUCACACGCCCCCCUCCACCCCCCGACCUUCCGUCCCCCGGUCCCAUUCGGUUCAAUCAUUUCCUACAGAGCGCGCGCGCGGCGACGUUAUAAAUUAAAGAAGUGACUUUACAUUUCCAUCCGGUUUCUCCUCACGAUGCUGCUGCAAAUACCGGACACCGAGCUGUAGUUCUCCUGGCGCGCGUGAGGAGGCGGAGAGGAGAGGGCGCUCUGGUGGUGGGGUGUGUGUGUGUGUGUGUGUGUGUGUGUGUGUGUGUGUGUGUGUGUGUGUGUGUGUUGGGGGGUUGGUGGGGUGAGCAGGAAUUUUCUCUGUCAGCGCACACGGAGAAACACCGGAGGCGGUGAAGGCACCGGAGACUCGCACGCGCGCGCAUGUAUGUGUGUGUGUGAGGGAGAGAGAGAGAAGAUUUAGAGACAACAACCUGAAUCCUUACAGCAAUCACAUUCACAGAAUCUGGAUCCAGGUACAGGCUCAGUGUCCCAACCAAGAAUUCCCAGGUGGUGGAUCUCAGAGGGAAUAUUUUAGAGGACGGAAAAGUCCAUGGAGCACUCAAGGACGACCGGGGUCUGCCUCUGGUUAGGCCUGGUUUCCAUGGUGAUGACCGUGAUGCAUGUUGAUGCUGGGAUUGUAAACAAGACGUGUUCAGAGGAGACGUCAAAAUGCAAGCCGGGAAUCCUGCUACCGAUCUGGUAUCCAGAGAACCCAUCGACUGGGGACAAAUUGGCACGUGUGAUUGUCUACUUUGUGGCGAUGAUCUACAUGUUCUUGGGAGUGUCCAUCAUCGCUGACCGCUUCAUGGCCGCCAUCGAGGUCAUCACGUCCCAAGAGAGAGAGAUUGUGGUAAAGAGGGCGAACGGGGAGACAGUGACAACAACGGUGCGCAUUUGGAACGAAACGGUGUCAAACCUGACGCUGCUGGCUCUAGGCUCAUCUGCUCCUGAGAUUCUGCUCUCUGUGAUUGAGAUCUGUGGUCACGGGUUCCACGCUGGCGAGUUAGGACCAUCCACGAUUGUAGGCAGUGCUGCAUUUAACAUGUUCGUCAUCAUCGGCAUUUGUGUUUCUGCAGUGCCAGACGGUGAAGUACGUAAAGUAAAGCACCUGCGUGUUUUCUUUGUGACAGCAGCUUGUAGCAUAUUUGCGUACGUCUGGCUCUACAUGAUCCUCGCUGUUUUCUCACCCAAUGAGGUGCAAGUGUGGGAGGGGCUUAUAACACUUGCUUUCUUCCCUGCCUGUGUUACGUUAGCUUGGGCUGCCGACCGCCGUCUACUGUUCAACAAGUUCACGCACAAGACCUACAGAGCCGACAAGCACCGUGGUGUGAUCAUCGAGACAGAGGGUGAACGGUCCAAAGGCAUUGAGAUGGAUGGGAAGAUGGCCAACUCACACUUCCUGGAUGGUAGUGCUGCUACCAAUCUGAUGGGGAUGACAGAGGGAAAAGAAAUGGACGAAUCACGUCAGGAGAUGAUUCGAAUUUUGAAGGACCUAAAGCAGAAACAUCCUGAGAAGGACCUGGACCAGCUGGUGGAGAUGGCAAACUACUACGCACUGUCUCACCAGCAGAAGAGCCGAGCGUUCUACCGCAUUCAGGCCACACGGAUGAUGACGGGUGCCGGGAACAUCCUGAAGAAGCAUGUUGCUGAGCAGGUGAAACGCAGCACUAGUAUACAAGAAGUGCAUGUUGAAGAGCCAGAGGACUUUGUGACACGGAUUGGAUUUGAACCUGCUGCAUAUCAGUGCUUGGAGAACUGUGGUGCUGUCCUUUUAACCGUUGUGCGCAAAGGUGGUGACGUCUCCAAAACGAUAUACGUUGACUACAAGACGGAAGAUGGCUCAGCCAAUGCCGGUGCUGAUUAUGAGUUCACAGAGGGCACAGUGGUGUUCAAACCUGGAGAGAUCAUCAAAGAGAUUGCCAUUGGCAUCAUUGAUGAUGACAUCUUUGAGGAGGACGAGCAUUUUUUUGUUCGGCUCAGCAACGUUAGGACACUCGACUCAGCACUUGACGACGAGAUGCCGGCAUACCCCACAGUGGCGCUCGGGUUUCCUGCUGUAGCCACUGUGACCAUCCUGGAUGACGAUCAUGCAGGGAUCUUCACGUUUGAUAGUGGGACAGUGCACAUUAGUGAAAACGUGGGAAUCAUGGAGGUCAAGGUGCUCCGGACCUCUGGGGCCAGGGGGACUGUCAUCGUUCCAUACCGCACUUUUGAGGGACUUGCUAAAGGAGGUGGGGAAGACUUUGAGGACACGUACGGAGAGCUGGAGUUCAAAAACGAUGAGACCUGUAAAACGCUCCAGGUGAGAAUAAUUGAUGAUGAGGAGUACGAGAAGAACAAAAACUUCUUUCUGGAACUGGCAGAGCCACGCAUGGUGGACAUGAGUCUGCAAAAAGCUCUGUUGUUAGCUGAUGAUGUUCCUGACAGGAAAUUGUCAUCAGAGCAAGAGGAAGCGAGGAGAGUAGCUGAGAUGGGAAAACCGAUCCUAGGAGAGCAUUCCAAACUUGAAGUGAUCAUCGAAGAGUCUUAUGAGUUCAAGAACACAGUCGAUAAGUUGAUUAAGAAGACAAACCUGGCUCUGGUUGUUGGUACCAGUUCAUGGAUGGAGCAGUUCAUGGAGGCCAUUACAGUUAGCUCAGGUGAUGAGGAUGAUGAUGAUGCAGGGGAGGAGCGUCUCCCAUCAUGUUUUGAUUACGUCAUGCAUUUCCUAACCGUGUUCUGGAAGGUUCUGUUUGCAUGUGUUCCUCCCACUGAGUACUGGAAUGGCUGGGCAUGCUUCAUCAGCUCCAUCGUCAUCAUCGGCUUCCUCACAGCCAUCAUCGGAGACCUUGCAUCGCACUUCGGCUGCACCAUUGGCCUCAAGGACUCUGUCACCGCCGUCGUCUUUGUUGCCCUUGGCACCUCUGUCCCAGACACGUUUGCGAGUAAGGUGGCGGCGGUGCAGGAUGUGUAUGCGGAUGCGUCCAUUGGGAAUGUGACGGGCAGUAAUGCAGUCAAUGUGUUUGUGGGACUGGGAGUGGCCUGGUCUGUAGCGGCCGUGUACUGGCGUGUUCACGGCGGCGUAUUUGUGGUGCACGCUGGCUCGCUUGCCUUCUCUCUUACACUCUUCAGUGUCUUUUCUGUAUUUGCCGUGCUCGCCCUUAUGUACCGUCGCCGUGGCAACAUUGGCGGAGAGCUUGGUGGGCCAAGACGCCAUCGCAUCAUCACUACACUGUUCUUCAUCAUGCUGUGGUUCCUCUACAUCCUGCUCUCCAGCCUAGAGGCUUACUGCCACAUCCAGGGCUUUUAGAGACACAGCUGAUAGAUUAGGACAGCAGAGAGAGAGAGAAUGAGAGAGAGAGAGAGAGAGAGGGAGAAACAAUACUGAGUGAAAGAGAGAAUAAUGAGUUGAGAGGAACAUCCUUGAUCUGUUUCACUUGAAGAAACGUAGGAGUCAUUACAUGCAGACUGAACUUCUGAAAGGAGAGAGAGAGAGAGAGAGAGAGAGAGAGAGUAGGACACAAUGACACUGUCCCCCCCUCUUUUGCACUACCUCUCUAUCUCUCUUCUUUCAUUUCUUCUCUCUCCCACCCAAAGAUCAAACACCAGAGUCUUAACUCAGAGUCUAAGAGAGAGAGAGAGAGAGAGAGAGAGAGAGAGAGAGGGAGAGGUCAGGAAACAGAGCAUCCCUGUCCUCAGAUGCUUCAGACUCGUCCUCUCUCUCAGUACAGAGUGUGUGUGUGAGGAGUCUGAGCUUCUCCAGAGUCUCUAUUUUUUCUCGCCACUUGCAGAGGAACUGAACUCUUUUCUAAUUAAGUAUUUUGGGGAAAAAACACAGAAAAAGACAACAAUUUAAAAAAUAAUGUACAAAAAGAGAGUGAACUAUUUUCAAAUUUACGUAUCGGAUCAGAGUUUAUGUAUCGAAUAUGAUCACUGUUAUUGAGUGGAACUCAUGAUGUUGUUUUAUUUGUGUUUGCUAACUUUGCUACAAGUCAGAAGCUUACAGCACACGCGCACACACACACACACACACACACACACACAUACAUACAGUACACACACAUACACACACACACACAUACACACAUACAGUUGAGGCCAAAAUUAUUAGCCCCCUUAUGAAAUUAGACAAAACUCUUGAUUUCUCCAUGGAAAUGACCAUUAACAACAAGUGUUUUAUAGUGUGUUUGUUUCCAAAAUAACAAAGACAAAAUCUCCACUAAGUUUGAUUAGGAUAUUUAAUUGAAAUAGUGAGUUGAAACAAGAAAGGGCAAAAAUGAAACGUCCA